AAAUGGAAUAUAACUUGGAGAUAUCUCCAAAUGUAAUUGGUGACGAUGAUGGAAAGUCUUACUCUCAGCUCAGCACUGUUUUAGUAGCUACAAUUCAAGAAGUGAAAGACCGAGUGUCUCAGAUUGAAUUUAUUUUCUGUAGUCAGCUCUUCCCAGGUUACAAAGCUAGAACUAAAAGCCUUCACAAAAGAUAUAUUGAAGCCAAGAAAGCUGCUGAAGAGAAGGAAAGUUGCCUAAGAGGAGAAAUAGAUGAGCUUCGUCUUGAGCAGAAACACUAUCUUGAAGAAAGAGAGCGCUUGAUUGCUUCUUUUGAGGAAGAGAAGGAAAAAUUAAUAAAGCAAAAAAUGAAAGCUAAAGAGGAUGAAUGGAGAAGUGAAGAAUAUAGUCUUAGACACCACAUAGAUGUGUUUGAGCUUGAAAAGCAAAAGAUAAUUGAAGAAAAAAGGAACCUAGUUGCUUCUCUUGAACAGGAAAAGACAUUUAAGGUGUAAUAGCCAGUUACUGGA